AUGCUUUUGUUCACUGGUGUUCGAUUAAUUCUCUUUCGAAAUUCACCAAAUGUUUUCUUACGUGUAACAUCAACGUCGUAUUUUUCCAAUAAUAAACAAAAUUUCUUCAAUCAUGUUCCUAUAAAUCGUAGAAUAUUUGAUAUUGUACCAAAACGUUAUCAUCCCUAUUUACAUUUAUCUCGAUGGGAUAAACCAACUGGUUCAUGGUUAUUAUAUUGGCCAGGAGCAUGGAGUAUUGCAUUUGGUGCAACAUCUUUGAUACCUGAUAUACGUCUACUAUGUUUAUUUGGCGUCGGUGCUGUGCUGUUAAGAGGUGCUGGUUGUACAAUCAAUGAUUUAUGGGAUAAAGAUUUUGAUCGUCAUGUUGAACGCACAAAAACACGUCCACUAGCUACUGGACAAUUAACAACGAGUCAAGCAGUGACAUGGCUUGGUAUACAAUUAUCACUGGGAUUUCUUAUACUAAUACAACUUAACUGGCCAUCAAUCGUUUUAGGUGUUUUAUCGCUCAUACCUGUCCUGUUUUAUCCAACAAUGAAACGUUUUACAUAUUGGCCACAAUUCUUUUUAGGUAUGACAUUUAGUUGGGGAGCGUUGAUGGGCUACACAGCGGCAACAGGCACUUUAAAUUUAGCGAUUAUUAUCCCAUUAUAUUUUGCUGGUAUAGCAUGGACCCUUCACUAUGAUACAAUCUAUGGCCAUCAAGAUAAAUCAGAUGAUAUUCUAAUUGGUGUUAAAUCAACAGCUUUACGUUUAGGAAAUGACACAAAAUUAUGGUUACGAACAUUUUCGACCGUAAUGUUAUCUCAUUUAUUAACAACAGGGCUUGUUGUUGGACAAACAUGGCCAUACUACCUCGGUUUAGUAGGCGUUGGCUAUCAUUUACAUAAACAAAUUGAAACAGUAAAUUUGAAUGACGCAUCAUCUUGCUGGAAGGCAUUUUCGUCGAAUCGGAUCACUGGCUGGAUUAUAUUUGGAAGCAUAUUGGCAGGAAACGCUUUACGUUAG